AUGUCAUCAUCAUCACCAAUUCCUGCCAAUGCCCUCUCUACGGCAUCUCCUCCAUCGGAUAUCAUUACAGGAGUAGGUCCAUUCUCUUCAACAAAUAUGAAUAGCAGCACUACAUCACCGAGUGCAUUGAUAAAUGGUGGAGAUGAACCAGAGGAUAGAAAAUUAAAAAGACUAUCCUAUGUGAUGACAGAUGACAACCAAACAACAUCUCAAAUGGAGGAUUAUGAUGUAGACCCAUUACAAACAAUGGAACAAAAUAUCACUAGUUUACACACAAUUAUUGACAAAUUAUCAAUGCUUUUCAAACCUCUUCAAUCAUCAUCAUCACCCAAUGACCACAUCAUGAUGGGUUCAAGUAGUAAUAACCUUCUCAUGUUAUCAUCCUCUUCAGCGCAUAAUUCAUUUUAUGGCUCCAAUACAAGUUCACUUUCUAUUAUCAAAGUUGAGCCACAAUUUGGAUUACUUCAAUCACGCACCCAAGUCACUAUUUAUUUCAAUUCACCAAUUUUCAAUACUUCUUCAAAUCCAACCAAACCAGAAGAACGAUUUAAAAUUGUGUUUGGAAAACAACUCAUUGAACCAACCAUUAAUCUUUCACAACCACAAACACUUUCAUUUUUCACACCUCCACCGCCUCCUCUUACCAAAGAUUCUUCUUCGACAACAAGUACUUCUAUUGCGAAUAACAGUCAUGAAAUUAAGGUCUUGGACUUGUUUCAUUGUCAAUUCAUUACUUCGAAUCCCACACUUUUGUUUACGUUUCUGACUGAUCCAAAAGAGGAAGUACUUACAGAUUUGGAAAAGGUAAAAGCACUGUACAAUGAAAAAGGAGUGUCGUGGUUGAGCGAGAAGUGCUAUCCAAAAGGUCAAACAGUGGUACAUGUUGCUUUCAAACUUGCUCAAUUUGAAGUUGUGAAAUAUUUGGUCACUCAAUCCGAUCAAUUUGAUUGUCUCGAUCAAAAAGAUGAUCAUGGACAAACACCUCUCGAUGUAGCCAUGGCUGCUAAAAAUUAUUACUUUAUGACACAAAUUGUGGAAUGGUUGAAAACCAUUGUGAAACAAAAAAUUCAAAUUCAACAAAUGCAAUACACCACGACAUCAUCGAAUCAAGCUGUCAACAUGAUGAACGAACCUCAUUCACCACAAUCACUUGCAACCAGUUCCACUCCAACCAAAAGAAUUGUUUCUCCCUUAGCAUUAACCAAUCAUCACUCUGAAACAUCCAACAUGAAUAUUCAUGAACACGUUUCAACUCCAAUCAAUGCCAUCGAACCACCAAUGACUCCUUCCCGAGCGUCACGAGCAGGUGGUGGUGGUGGUGGUGGAUUUGAUGGACCAACCUCGAGCAGUUCAGUACCCUCUUGCUCUCCACUCUCAUCGAGAAUGAGUAGUAACAGUGAAAUGAGUGAUGAUACCAAUGUCAAUGCUAAUACUACUACUACUACUACUAAUGGAACUUUAAUGAAACACCGUAGUGGUCACAGAAGAUUGUUUACAUCGUCAGCCAUGCCACUCGUUACCAAACCCAAUCAAUCCCCUGCAGUUGUGUCGACGAGUGCAGCAGAUCAAGACGAGACGAGUACCGAUGAAGAAUCAGAUGCAGUCUUCACGGCAGGUACUCCCAUUCGAUCCAUAGCCACUCUCGAAGAAAGAGAAGAGGAAGCCAUUGCCAAUCUCAUUGUGAAAUAUCGAUUAGAUCAAUAUAGUGAAAUUUAUACAAACAUGUUGAAUCGAGGGGAUGCACUACUUCAGAAAAUAACAAAAAAGUUGGAAAUGAAAGACGAUUAUAUGGAACAUACGACAACAAAAAAGAGAAAAGAAACCAUGCUUGUCCCGUUAACGAGAGAACGAUCAUUCUUGGAAGAGGUACAAUUAGAGAGAAGAGCCAAUCCUUUCAAACCAAGUAUUUACUAUGAUGAAGAAGUGGAUGAUGGUUACACAGAAAGUACCUUGUUAUUGUCUCAAUUUUUUGAAGAUAGUGCUAAAAAUCUUCCGUUCCAUGUCUUGAGUACGAUUCAAACCAUGUCCUCCGAUUUUAUUAUUGUCACAUUUAAAACACUACUCGAUCACAAACCAAAAGAAUUGGUAUUCAAUGUCGAUGAUUUGAAAUCCAUUACGUAUGAAAUGGAUGUCAGUGAUCGAAUUCGAAAGAAGAUUGAGAAAAAGCCAACAAGUGCAAUCACUCCUUCCGAUGAAAUUGAUGUUUCUCUAGUGAUUCCAGAGAAACAGAAACUAUUACCCAUGGAUGGUUUACAAGAGCCAGAAUUUUUAUUGGCAACCUUUGAAGAGGUCUUUCCGUGUGAAGAUCAACAAAAAGUUACGAAAAGCAACGACGAUACCAAACUUCUCUAUUCUGAUUUUGAAUGGGAAUCUUCACACAUUGAUCCUACUUCUCAAUACUUGUUUGAAUUGAAAGGAUUUGAAUUGGAUGUCAACAAAAAGUUCGAAGUUCCACUCGAAGAAGCAUACUUUAUCACAGUCUCGUUAUACACGUACACAGACAAGGCCUAUAAGAAGAUUUCUGAAGAUGUUGAAUUUAAAAUUGAGACUCAUCCAAAAGAAGAAGAUACCAAAGUGAAGGCCAUGUUCUCCGUACAAAAAACAAUGGAAUCCAAAGUGGUUGUUCUCAUCAAAUUUUAUAGAAAAUUCAGAGGAGAACUUACUGAAACUUUGAAUGACUUGUAUACACAAAAAGCAGAAAAAGUCAAACAAGGCGAGGUCAAAAAGUUUUUAACGAGAAAUGAAAAAUUUGCAACAUUCCCGGGCAUUGCAAACACAACUUCUAUAUUUGCAUGGACAGCCAUUCACUUGAAUGAAUGUCUCAAAAAGACUGAGGUCAAUUUAACAGAUUGUCUCUACGUGUUACCAUUGAAGUGUCGAUCAGGAGAUGCAACCUUGUUGGAUAAUUAUUUAGAUGUCUAUUCAAGUGUUGAUGAUCGAGAUGCAAAACCACUCAUGAAAAAGUCACUCUAUGGUAAAAUGUCCUUUGUUUUGAAGGAAUUACCAAACGUUCCACCCAUUCCUCGUCACUAUCAUCCAAAUUCACACGAGUUGGUGGUCAAAUUAGAUUCCAAACAUUUACGAGUGCAGCACAUUCCAAACUUGGAAAAUAGUUUAAUGACCAAACUUUUACCACUCUCCAGUGAAAUGAUUGUUUAUCCUAAAGAAUUGAAUUUAGUGAGAAAAGACUACAAGAACAUUGUGGUUCGGGUUUCAUUCUGCAAUGAAAAAGAAAAAAACAAACCAUUCCCUGUGUUUUAUUCCAAGUUUUCAAGAAAUCCAGCGAAUCGAGUGACCCAUCGACAAACCUCUGUGUGUGUUGGAAAUCGACAACCUGAAUUCAGUGAAGAAUUCAAAUGUAUUUUACCAUGCACAUUGAAUGGACAACAUGUUUUCUUUUUUGAAUUUUUAAAUAUUCUCCACAAGGAAUCCUUGAUUUUGAAGAAUCAUCGAGAAGAUGUUCAACGCAUUGGUUAUGCCACACUCCGAGUGUUGACCGAUCCCAAGUUGAAUAGUACAGAAACGGUGUUGGAUAUUUACACUGAACGAAAAGAAGGAAAUGUCAUCAAGACUGAAAAAUUAGAAGGAUCGUUCACAGUUCAAUUGUACUCUCGAAGUAUUGCCUUCCCGACCGAUGAAAAUCUUUCCAACUUUUUCCUCUUUUUGGACAAUUUUCAGAGAAAGAAUACGGCGAAAGGAGCACGAAGAGAACGAGACUUUUUCGAAGAACUCACCAAUCGUGAGUUGAUUACUCUCUUGCCAGGUCUAUGUAAGGUUCAACAAAUGUCCUUUGCUCCUGUCAUUCUCAAUCAACUCUUUCUCUUGUAUUUUGAUAUGAGUGAUGAAGAAGUUCAAAAUUCCAUUUUUUGUACCAUUAUGGACAUGGUGGACAAGUAUCGAACUGAACAUCGAACCAUUGUUCCUGGAUGGAUCAAAUUCCAAUUCACAAGUGUCUUUCCAGAAAGCAUGAUGACCAAAUUACCCAUCAUUGCCAGUUCUGUCAAGUAUAUUUUAGAAAAACCAGAAUAUGACAGUAAGGUGAUUAAGAAUGUGGCGUGUUUGUUCUCCAUUCUACUCAAAGCCAUGGUCGUUCAUUUGGAUUAUGUGAAAAACAAGUUACAAGAUUCCAACUAUGAUUUUGAUGAUCAUUUCUAUGCAACCAUUAAUACCAUCACGACCAAAUCAUUUCGAGGACUUUUGAGAAGAAACAUUCUCACCACUCGUCCCAUCACGAUCAUCAAUACGACUGUGAUUUAUGCUCAAUUUUUGAAAAUUCUCUUCACCAUUAUUGACAAACCCUAUGUGAUGAAAUUGAUUGCUUCUUUUGUUGAAUUAUUACCUCUCAUCAUUCCAAACGAAAAUGAAAUGGAUAAGAAGAGUAAGAAUACCAUACUGGAAUGUGUUGCAAAUCUUCAAGUUCUUACUUAUAAGGAAGUAUUUUCCUAUGAUAAUUAUCUUCAAUUAUUCAUUCCAGAAUCUGUUGAGAAUAUUUUGAAACAUGACUCCACUUUGCCCGCUCUCGAUGGAACUCAUUUCUUAUUUAGUUCCUUUGUGGAUGUCAUUAUUAAGAACAUUACAAGUCCAAUCAAAGAAAUUAGAAACAACACGUCUCUCAUCUUUAGGGAAUUUCUUGUCAAGCUUUUAGUUCAAUCUAAAAGUUCACUCUUUGAAGAUGUUCCAGAAAUUGAUGAUCGAAUUCAUUUAAUGACUUUUGAAUUUGUUGACAAGUUUUUAACCAUUCUUCAAGAUUGGAGAACUGAAGUCGAUAAGAGUGUGAAUUCAAACAAGAUGAAAAUGAAUGACUGUAAAAAGAGAAAGAUCAUGAUUCAACAACAAUUGGCUGCCAAGAAAGAAUCUCAACGAUCAGCAAAAGAAAAUUCUCUGGCCAACUUUCAAGUCGAUACACUCACCAAGGAAAUUCAAAUUCUCGAAACGAACUACAAACAAUUUGAUAGUAUGAUUAACAAGACGAAAGAAGAAUUGAAAAAGGAUAUGAAAGAGUCAUUCAAAGAGAAGAGACAACUGGUGGCUUGUAUUUUUCACAUUUUGAAAAAUGUCGAUCAGAGAUAUUUACAACGAUGGAUCAAGGAAUCAACCUCUUCCAAAAAGAUUCAAUUUUUACAAUUGAUGCAACUCAUGUUACAAUCUUUCGAGUAUCAAAGUGAGGAAUACUUUAAAGUCUUUUAUGAACAUUAUUAUAAUACUCAAGUGAAAGUCAAGGCAAAAGAAGAAAACAAAACCUCCAUGUUGUUACCCGAUCAUUCCAUUGUUGUUCAUGCGAAUAGUCCAAGUAAUACUUCGAACAAGUCAUUGACAGGAAUGUCCUCUGCAACAACAACAACAACACCCACAUCAUCGUCGUCGUCGAACUCUUCAAGUCAUCAGCAAGCUACAACAACAACGACUACAACAACAACAAGUUCUUCCACUACUCCGACUUCUACUAUGAAUAGUGCAACUACCACAACUACUACCACAACUACCACAACAAGUACAACCAAUUCUUCUACUACCAAUGAACCUCAUGAAAUUAUUGCAGGUGAAAUUGAAGAAAUUCCAUCACCAAAAACAGCAACUGCCGAACUUGUCAAAGCAGGUACUUCACUUCAAAAGAAAAAGAACACUCGUGGUGGUGGUGGUGGUGGCGGUGGUGGUCUCUUAUCUCGACUUGUACCUGGAGCAGCACGAUUUGUGAGUUCUGAUCAAAAUUUGAGAGAAGACGUGAAAGAACUUCGUUCCCAUCAUUCCAAGUCCAAACUUUUAGAAUUAACCGACAAGACCAAAUCUGUGAAAUUAGAAACGAGUUCAAUUUCAAAUUAUGUGAAGAAGUGUGUCGUGAUUGAACAGAAUUGGUCGAGAGAAGUUUCCAAUUAUGUCUUUGAGUUACUCGUAUUCUAUGUUGAAUACAUUUUGAAAGAGAAUCAUCACUCCUCUGAACAUCCAAUGGCAGACUCUGCCAACUUGUUGGACCAUAUUGUCAAAAUAUUUUUAAGUUUUUUGAGAAUCAAUCAACCUGAAGAUGUUUCCAUCAAUGUUCUCAUUUAUCUCAAAACCUUCUUUGCAAGUAGCUAUCGAUAUGUUUUUGAUGAAGAAAUGAAUGCUCAAUAUCCAACACUAUUCUGUGAAUGUUUAAUGAUGCAUUGUAAUUCUCCAUUGUAUGAAGUGAGACAACAUGCCACAGCGUGUUUAUACUUGUUGAUUCGAUACAUGUACAUGAUUAAUUAUAAUACUAUAUUGAAACCACAAGUACUCACGACAUUGGCACUUUCUAAAACUCUACAAAAAUAUGUUUCUUCAAUUGUGAAUAUUGAUUAUUUGAAGAGUGCGAUUGAUGCCAUUGGAAAGUAUGCUUCGAUGGAUCCUGAUCCUCCAUCAACAUCAGCAUCUUCUUUUUCUCAUGAUGCACAACAUUUAACAGUGAACAACAAUUCAGAUCCUCCGUCGAGUACUCGGAAUGGCACCACCACCAAGCUCGAGGGUGCCAAAUUGAAUACCAUCUUUACCAAUCUUUCAAAUAUUGAACAUGAAGUGAAAUUGAGAUCUAGUGUUCAAGACAAGUCAUCAUCAUCAGAAGAAUCAAACUUUGCUGAAGAAGUGAAUUUACAAGUCUGUAAAAAACUUUUAUCGCUACUACAGGACACGACAAGUGUGAAAUCCACACUCGCUCUCGAAGACAUUCACAAAACUGAAGAUUUAUUCUUGAGAAUUUCCAAUGUCUAUACACGAAUUCCAGAAUUGAGAUUUGUUUGGUUGAAUCAACUUGCUGCCAAUCAUACCAAACAUGGUCAAUAUUUAGAAGCAAGUCAAUGCUAUUUAACCAUACUUUCACUCGUUUUUGAUCAUUUAGAAUCCACAAAAUCUCCAAUUCUAAAUGGAAUUCCAACUCAAAACUUGUCUGCCAUUUCUCCACUCAAGAGAAGUUAUCAAAUGCAUCAUCACCACAAAUCCUUGUUGAGUGAUUGUUUCAUUUCGAAUCAAGCCAUUGAAUUCACAGAACAUGGUAUCAUUGAUUUAUUGGCAAAGACGAUUGAAGCUUUAGAAUUGGCAGAAUUCUUUGAAACGUGUAUUGUUUUAGAAAAAUUAUCCAUUCCAUUCCUUGAACGAGUGAAUGAUUGGGAACGACUUGCCAAUUCCUAUCAUCAUUUACAAGAUUUGUGUGAUCGAUUGAAAAAACCAGAUCGAUUAGAACCAUACUAUUACAAAAUUGAAUUGAUGAACUUUCCCAUCGAUAAGGCACAGCCCAGUAGUAGUAGCAAUAGUCGUCAUGGUAGUCAAAUUCAUCCCAGUCAUAUUUACAAAAUGCCCAAACUCUUUAAAUUAUUCAAAAUGAACAAAUGGGUUCAAGACAAGUUUGGUUCACCUUUCAUGAAUGAUACCAUUGAAGUGGUGAGUGGUGCCAAGAAGGUAUCAGAUAUUGAUCCCAAUAAGAAGUAUAUUUUCCUCACUCCUGUGAAACCUCUCACCAAGGAAAUUAAACAAUCCAUGAUUGGAAAUCAGAAAAUUUCCAAAUACGAAGGAAGUGUGAACAUGUUUUACUAUGAAUCGGCUCAUGGAAAGAAAACAGACCAAGUCACAGAAGCCUACAAAAAGAAAGUCAUUAUUACAUGUGUGGAUUCAUUCCCUUGUAUGAAAACACGAUUAUUAAUCGAGUCAGAAAAGGAAAUUAUUUUAACACCCAUCGAGUCAGCCAUUGACAAUAUUGAUUCACAAAUUUCAAAAUUGAGAGAUGCAUUACAAAUUCCUGGUCAGGAUGAAGACAUUGAUAUUUCACAAAUUAAGAUUGGAACUAGUAUUGAUCUUCAAAAUUUACAACUCGUUUUGCAAGGUUCCAUCAAAGCAACGGUUCAGGGAGGUCCUGCUAGUAUUGUUGAAGGAUUUUUAAAGAUGGAUCAACGACCAUUGUAUCCCAUUGAUCAUAUUAUUACAUUGAAUCGAAAAUGUCAUGUAUUCUUGAAAUUAUGUGAAGAAGCUGUCAAAGUUGAAAAUCAAAUGAUUGAUAAGGCAACCGAACGAGCAUUCCAUCAAGAAAUGGAGAAGGCUCUCUUAGAAACUCAACAAUUAUUUGCACAACAUUUAACACCCAUUGAUUAUGAAAGAUUUUACUCUCAAAUGUCUUCCAAUCAUCAAAACUAUAAUAAUGAAGGAGAUGAAAAUGGUGAUGUCUCAGGAAUUAGAAAUUUACGAUUGGGUUUAAGUGAGGAUCAUGUCGAUGAUGAUUUGUUGUAA